AUGAAGUCGCCUAUCGCUGACAACGGGAAAUCCUGCAAUAAGGAGGAGGUUGCUAAGGAGAGGGUCGUUUUUAACCGGAAGCUGCUUCUCAAUGGAUCGAACCCGAUCGGAGGACAGAAAGAAGCGAAGGGUCUGUGGGAGUCACGUCUGGGUGAUCUAGUUACCACCUCUCAGUCUGGGAAAGCAGAGGUUAAGGACAGUGACACGUUGGAGAAAGAACUGCGGUGCAGAGACUCGGCUCGACUGGCACUCAAGGCCUUUACAGCAGCCUCGGCUGAGUGGAAAACCCUACUGACUCCUGACUCAGAGCAAGAGAUUGACGGGGGUAAGGAAAAAGCAGCGGCAUCCAAAGGGGGUGGUUAUGCAGCGGCGUCGGUCUUCCGCUCGGCGGUUUUCACAGAUGGAAAGCCAACUCCGCUCAAGCAGCUUCGGGAGCUGUGGUCCAAGCCAGAUGCGGUCCUGGCUAAGCAGGGGAAGUGGACUGGAAAGUGGAGUGGGAAGAUUGAUUGGGGACGUGUCAUCCGCACCCGCAACUCGCUGGCCAUCCCGAGCCGUCCACGUGAUGUUCCCACGCGGCCGCACUUUUUCCUCUCAUCCCCCCAUCAUCUCAUCCGCCCAUCAUCUCAUCCCCCCAUCAUCUCAUCCCCCCAUCAUCUCAUCCGCCCAUCAUUUCAUCCGCCCAUCUCUCAUCCCCCCAUCAUCUCAUCCCCCCAUCAUCUCAUCCCCCCAUCAUCUCAUCCGCCCAUCAUCUCAUCCGCCCAUCAUCUCAUUCCCCCAUCAUCUCAUCCCCCCAUCAUCUCAUCCCCCCAUCAUCUCAUCCCCCCAUCAUCUCAUCCCCCCAUCAUCUCAUCCCCCCAUCAUCUCAUCCCCCCAUCAUCUCACCCCCCCAUCAUCUCAUCCCCCCAUCAUCUCGUCCCCCCAUCAUCUCAUCCCCCCAUCAUCUCAUCCCCCCAUCAUAUCAUUCCUCCAUCGUCUCAUCCCCCCAUCAUCUCAUCCGCCCAUCGUCUCAUCCGCCGAUUAUCUCAUCCGCCCAUCAUCUCAUCUUUUGAUCAUCUCAUCUGCCCAUCUUCUCACCGUCGCCCACGCUUCUGCCUUAGUGCCUUUCCCCGCUCUCUCUCCCCUACCCACGCUUCAUCUCGCUCACCCUUCCGCCCUUCCUCCGUGUCUCCCUUGCUCAUUUUCUGCCUCCGUGCAUUCUUUGUUCCCCACCGUGCAUCAGAGUUUGUGGUUCGUGUCUAUGCAGGUCUGCCAUGCAUCCACUCGUGA